UCCAAAAGAUUUGGCCAUUAUAUAAUGCCAACCCUUUUGCUAAGGCUCUUCUUCCUUCACACUCUCCUCAACGCAUUCCUCCUCCGCUUGGUUCCCAAGAAGCUCCGGCCCCUCCUCCCAGCUUCUUGGUACCACCAACCCACCGCAAUUACCAAAUCGCCCCCGCCUUCUCGACACCCGCGAAUGGACCGCGAGGAGCUGUCACGCGUCUUCGAGAUGUUCGACCGCAACGGCGACGGGCACAUCACGAAGGCGGAGCUGAGCGAUUCAUUGGAGAACAUGGGGAUAUACAUCCCCGACGCGGAUCUGGUGGCCAUGAUCGAGAAGAUCGACAUCAACGGCGACGGGCGCGUGGACAUCGACGAGUUCGGGGCGCUGUACCAGUCCAUCAUGGACGAGCGGGACGAGGAGGAGGACAUGCGGGAAGCCUUCAACGUCUUCGACAUCAACGGCGACGGCUUCAUCUCCGUCGAGGAGCUCAAAUCGGUUCUCUCCUCGCUAGGGCUCAAGCAGGGCCGCUCCUUGGAGGAUUGCAAGAAGAUGAUCGUCAAGGUCGACACCGACGGCGAUGGGAUGGUCGACUUCGCCGAGUUCAAGCAGAUGAUGAGAAGGGGCGGCAUUGCUGCAUUGUCGUCGUAAAAUCAAUUUUUCCGUAUUAGAUCGAUUGGAAAAUGUAGAUAUUCUUUUUUUUUUUUGCCGUUAAAAAAAAAUCUAAAUUCCAGCUCCAUUGAUGGAGGAGGAAGAUUAAUUAGAGUCCAAGAUCGGAGAUUCUCAUGUGAAUUGGGAGAAUCUAAUUUUAAAAGAUCUUGGCGAUCGAAUAUGGGCUGGAGUUUAUAUUCUUUAAUUUUGUGUGGGUGGUGAAGGAAAGGAAAUUAUUUUCAAGUUAUUAUCAAGUUCUUCAUUUGUUUCAUUUUUUUCCUCACUAGUCACUAUUUAGUGCUA